AUGGCCUUCCUCGAGGACCCGCGGCUGCGCCAGCGUUGGAACCAGAUCGCGCAGGACGCCGAGGCGGCAACGGAGAACGCGGCGGCGGGAAUCUGGUCGUUUCAGCACAACUACAUCAACCCCUGCCUGGGCUGCUUCCUCGAAUCGAUCGAGCGGUGCACGACGGUAUGCCUCGGCGAUGCGGAGGAGCGGAUGCGCCGUCGACGCGAACGCGACCGCGCGGCCGAGUACAGCUUCGACUUUUACGACGACUGGAACGAGGAGGGCCGGGACGGCGGCGGCGGCAACAGCGGCGGCGGCGGCCUGCGCAGUGGAUGGGGAAGCGACGACUGGGAUCGUCUGCUGGCGGGGACGGGAAGCUCCCGAAGAAAGGUCGGGGACGCGACCGAGCAGCCGCGCAGGACUCGAGGCAUGAGCUACGGUGCCCGCGGCGCUCGGCGAAAGGCGAACAACCGAGACCCGACCAUCAUCCCGAGCACCCGGCCGAUCGGGUUCCUCAGCAGGCUGCCGUGGAAGCUGGGCGGCACGUUGCGGUACAAGCCCAGCGCCGCCGACCUGCAGGAACACCCGGCGAAGCGCGGCAACGGCGAGACGGAGCCUCUGCUGGGAUCGGACCAAGUCGGGAACUACGGGGAACAGCUGCGGAUGCCACGACGGCGUAGCGGGACGACGGGCUCGGGCGACACGUCGGAUUCCUUUCGCUCGCGCGGCGAUCUCCUGCCGAGCGAUGGCGAAGGAGACGAAGAUGCGGUGGUGCUCGACGACGAGGUGACGUACGACAUGGUGCGUAAGGAUGACCGCAGCAGCGGGAGAAGCGGUCGGACACGAAGCAGCAAGGGCAAACGGCCAGCAGACGUACUUUCCGUCUCCCGAACGGAGUCGAGGACGACGCUCGGCUCGACCGUGUCGGCCGAAUCGCGACAGCAGGAGCGCAGGUCGAGAUCGCCGGCCGGGACGACCGACAUGGAGAACUCGGUGACGCUCGAGGACGUGCCCAGGGUGGAGGACAGACCACGGCGGGAGGAAGACGAGGAGCUCGCGCGAAAGAGGGAGCUCGCGCGGCAACUGGCCGCCGCGAGGGACCUGAGAUUCGACGGCGAGGUGCAAGGUCGGCCAGAGCGGAAGCCGGAGGUGGCCGAGGAUGAGGAAUACGAAGCGGACGGUCCGGAAACCGGUGCGAGGCGUCGGCAAGGUGACAACGCUGGAGGACCUGAACGGCCGACGGCGACUUUGGAGAGCGCAGAGGGCACUUUGGGCACGGAGAGCACGGAGACGGCCGAGACUGACUUUCGGGCCGCGCGGUUGCCGAGCUUUGGAUGA